AUGCAAACUAACGAAAAUGAUGAAGAUAUUAUUGUAUGGACAAAAACAUUACAUCAAUCAAUUAACAGUUUAAAUAUUCAACAAUUAGAAGAUAUUUUAAUCAAACUGAACACAGAAAAAGGAUUGGAAUUUACAAAAAAUGUCAUAAAUUAUAUGAUUGAUGGAGCGAAUUCUGUUUAUGUUGCUGUAGAAGCUGGAUUUGAUCAGGCGGUGACAAAACUCUUGAAUACAGAUAUGGUAAAUAUUACUCAAAGAAAUCUUCAAAAUAAUUGGACAAAUCUUCAUUUAGCUUGUCAUUUAGGACUGGCAACAAUAGUCAAAUCACUUUUGAAUUGUAAUGCAAAUGAUAAAUUCACACGAAUAAAUGAACUCUAUCAGUUAGCUUGUAUGCAAACAACUGAGAUUGAAUCAGCCAAUCAGGGCACAGCUUUUCAUUUGGCGGUCUAUUCGAAAAAUGUAGAAACAAUAAAUCAACUGUUACAUGAUGUCGAGAUAAUAAGUAAAUAUUCAGAAAAUCAAUGUUUAGAAAAUGGAAAGAAACCGAAAGAAGUUAUAAAUUCUAAAGGGAAACUGUUUGAUGAAUUCUGUGCACUGACAGAUAAAAAUGGGAAUACUGCACUACAUUGUGCAGUGAUAGAUAAACUUUAUGGAAUAGUGAACACAAUCUGUCAAUAUCACAAUAAAUCAAUUCGUUUACCAAAUAAACAUGGAUAUACAUGUAUUUAUCUAGCUAAAAAUGUAUUAAAAGAUAUGAAAAUGUUAUCAAUAUUAGUUAAAUAUUCAACUUCAUCAACAGUAACAAAUAAUCAUUAUUAUUCUGGACGACAUGCUCUAUUUAAACAAAAUCAUAAUUUAAUUAAAAGUGCAAGAAUUUCAAAUAUGAAUCAAUUGAACAAUAAAAAAGAUAAUAAAAAAUCACAUUCUCAUUUUAUUAGAAAAACAGAAAAUAAUAAUAAUAAUAAUAAUAAUAAUAAUAAUUGUAAAAAAUUGAAAAGAUUGAAAAAUCCAUUGAAUUAUUUAACAAUAGAUCAAUUAAACAAAAAUUUGAAUUCGAAGUAUGUAGUUAUUCAUAAUAAUAAUAAAUUAUAUGCUCAUUCAUGUCAAGAUAAUGAUUAUCAAUCUGUUCGUACAAUAUCUACAAAAUUUUCCUAUUUAUCAAUGCAACAAAAAAUGAAACAGUAUUAUAGACCUUUAAGUGGUGGAUUAUCUGGAAAUCGUGUAGAUUUGAAUGAACGUGAAUUCAGUAGAAAUUCUCGUCAAACUAUUGAACAAAGUUAUAAUGAGAAUAAUCAUUAUGUACAAGAUAGUAAUAAUUCAAUGAAACAUAAUUAUGAUAUAAUUCAACUGAUUUUACACAAAUUGAAAUGUCAACUCUGUUCUGAACAUACAAGUUAA